AUGGAUGAUAUGCUACCGCCGCCGAUGACCCCCUCCGAGCGAGGGGGAUAUCGGCGGACUAACGGAGGCAACAAAGCCUUUCACAAUUUUUACAACGAUUACUCUCACAUAUCAGAUCCCACGCUACGGCGACGGCUGGCCUUGAGCGAGAUUGACAAAGUCCCCUUUGGCUUGUACCAUGUCAGAGCAAUAUUGGUUGCUGGCGUUGGGUUUUUCCUUGACUCUUACGACAUUUUCGCGAUCAAUCUGAUUAUCACUCUACUGGGUGUUGUAUUUUGGCAAGGGCCUCCAGAGCAAGCCACACAUGGUUACGGCGGCAAUAACGGCGAGCUGCCAGGUCCAGUCAACUCAGCCUUGAAGGCGUCGACCAGUGGCGGAAUCAUCAUUGGCCAGAUCGUAUUUGGCUGGCUGGCUGAUGUAUUUGGCAGACGGCGGAUGUACGGCGUGGAACUUGGUAUCAUCAUUUUGGCGACCUUGAGCGCUGCGCUUGUAUCGCCAAGCCAGUCCGUCAGCUUUACGGGGCUGAUGAUAUUCUGGAGAGUCAUCAUGGGCGUGGGAAUAGGUGGUGACUAUCCGCUUAGUUCUGUUAUCACUUCUGAGUUCGCGCCGACUCGCUGGAGAGGUGCCAUGAUCGCAGCCGUGUUCUCGAUGCAGGGUAUGGGUCAGCUAGGCGCUGCUGUUGUCGCUCUCAUUACCGCCGAAGCCUUCAAGGACUCUUACAUCGAUGUGAAGAGCAUUUCCACCUGCCAUGCCAGGUGCCAGCUUGCUGCCGACCGUUCAUGGCGCAUCAUUGUCGGCGUUGGGGCCGUCCCGGCCUGUCUCGCCCUGUACUACCGAAUCACCAUCCCGGAGACACCCCGUUACACUUUUGACGUUGAGCAGGAUGUCGAAAAGGCGGAUGCAGACAUCAGGGCUUACAUGUCAAGUAAGUCAAAAGGCGACGUCGACCCUGAACUUCAAGCGAGAAUGAAGAAAGAGUCGGGACCUGCCUACAACACCCCUAGCGCAUCGUGGCGUGAUACGUUUGCAUUCUUCAGACGGUGGAAGAACUUCAAAGUCCUCAUGGGCACUGCUCUGUCAUGGUUCUUCCUUGAUCUGGCAUUUUAUGGCCUCGGACUGAACAAUACUGUCGUGUUGCAAGCCAUCGGCUAUGCUGAUGGCGAUAACUUUUAUCAAAAAUUACAUAACCAAGCAGUAGGAAUGAUCAUUCUAUCGUGCGCGGGCGCCAUCCCGGGAUAUUGGGCCAGCGUUUUCGCCAUUGAUACCAUUGGCCGCAAGCCUCUGCAGAUGCUGGGGUUCUUUGUGCUGACGAUACUGUUUUGCAUACUGGGUUUUAUGCUUCACCAGCUGUCGCACACCAUUUUCCUUACUCUCUAUAUCAUCGGCCAGUUCUUCUUCAACUUUGGCCCAAAUACCACAACUUUUAUCGUACCGGGAGAGUGUUUUCCAACGCGCCACCGCUCUACAGGCCACGGCAUAUCUGCAGCGAUGGGCAAGGUUGGCGCCAUCCUUGCGCAAGUCAUCAGCAUCCCUCUCUUAUCGAAAGACUCCCCCGCCGACUGCCACGGCAACGCCUGUUCGCCUUGGCUCGACCGUCUUCUCGAAUUGUUCGCCUUGUUCAUGUUCCUCGGCAUGGUUUCCACCUUGCUCAUCCCCGAAACGAAGGGUAUGACCCUCGAAGAACUAGCUGGAGAAGCACCAACUUCGUACAAUCGAGGCCGCAACGGCAGUAUAUCACAUUACCCGCGCCAACGAUCCAAGUGGAACCGCUUCGCUGGCGGACAACCUGCAGGCUUCUACUAUCCCCGUGCCAGUACCGUCAAAGCCGCGCGCGUUGGUAUCAUGGCAUCACCAGACCUUGUGGCCGAGGAGGAGCGUAGAAGGAGGAGUCAGGCAAAGUCUUGGCGAAAGAGACGGAGGGAGAGGGGCCCAGGUAGCAGCAUCGGGGGGUCGGAAGACUACGCAAUGAGCUUCCGCAACAGUGGCGUAUCGUCCUCAUACGGACGUACCAUGGGCGCUGUAGACGAGCAGAUGCCGACUGAACAGCAGGUCGCGCCCGGUGUGUUCCCGACAUGGGGCGCCGGAUGGGGCCGGGUGGAUCGCGGGGCGCAGCCGAUGGAGAACGUGAAGUUGCACGACGUCGGUAGUUUACUACGUCGAGACUCAAGGGCAUGA